CGUGCUACGCCUCGCAUCGCAUACGUCUAAAUGCUUGCUUGUGUGAACAACGAAUCAACGGAUGACCCUGUAAGACCGUGCUGUAAGACGACUCGGCAAACCUGUUUAAGUUACUGCCGUUGCCUCCGCCAAACCAGCUGCCAGCCCUUGAUUGUUAAUUCUGUAUGGCUGCCUCUAAUGGAGCCAUCGGCCUCGCUGCAUGGCGCCUCUCGCCAGCACCAUGGGUCCCGUCGUUGCAUCCACGCGCUUCGAGCGUUCGACGCGCAAGCAGAAGCGGCCGCAGGAAGCAAAUUCAUGAAGCUCCUACUGUCGCUGCACUUGAGGCCAGCGGCAGCAGGGCAAGGGAUGCCCUCUCAACCUGCCGCGCCCACCACUUCACGUCAAGUGGGCACUAUGCUGCUUUCCUUCGCGCCCGGAAUGGCGUGGUGACCCAUGCAAGCAACCCUUCUCCCGGCGCCGACGGCGACGCCAGCAAUGCUGGUAGCAGCAACGGCGGCAUCGCCAACGGUGUGAAGGUUACACUGGUGGUUCCAAAGGGACCUCUGCCGCCCGGUCAGCAGCUGGUGCUGGUGGGCGGCCACUCGCUGCUGGGCGGCUGGGAGCCGCAACGCGGUGUACGACUGGAGUACGGCAGCAGCGGCACCGCCCACACCGCGGAGCUGGUCUUACCCACGGACACGCC